GGCGCCCCGCGCCGACUAACUAGCUGAAAGAGAAGAAAAGCCCUUUUUUGUGUUCCCUUCUGCUGGAAUCCAGAAGUAACAACACAGUGAUCUUUUGGCAUAAAUUCUUUUUUCAAGAGACAUUCCUGCCAUUAUGAAUGAAGUAGCAAUCGUAAAGGAAGGAUGGCUUCACAAACGAGGAGAAUAUAUAAAGACAUGGAGGCCGAGAUAUUUUCUGUUGAAGAACGAUGGCACGUUCAUUGGCUACAAAGAGCGACCGCAGGAUGUUGACCAACGGGAAUCUCCUUUAAAUAAUUUCUCCGUAGCUCAAUGCCAGCUGAUGAAGACAGAACGACCUAAACCAAACACAUUCAUCAUUAGAUGCCUCCAGUGGACCACAGUAAUUGAAAGAACAUUUCAUGUGGAGACUCCAGAGGAGCGGGAAGAAUGGACAAAAGCCAUCCAGACAGUAGCAGACAGCCUUAAGAAACAAGAGGAGGAAAUGAUGGAUUUUAGAUCUGGUUCCCCAAGUGAUAAUUCAGGUGCUGAAGAAAUGGAAGUUUCUAUGACAAAACCAAAACAUAAAGUGACCAUGAAUGAAUUUGAAUACCUUAAACUACUGGGGAAAGGCACUUUUGGGAAGGUCAUUCUAGUUAAAGAAAAGGCAACUGGACGAUAUUACGCUAUGAAAAUCUUGAAGAAGGAAGUUAUUGUGGCAAAGGAUGAAGUAGCGCACACGCUGACAGAAAACCGUGUUUUACAGAAUUCUAGGCACCCAUUCUUAACAGCUUUAAAGUAUUCCUUUCAGACACAUGAUCGCUUGUGUUUUGUUAUGGAAUAUGCUAAUGGAGGAGAGUUGUUUUUCCAUCUAUCAAGAGAACGUGUCUUUUCUGAAGAUCGGGCUCGAUUUUAUGGAGCUGAGAUUGUAUCAGCACUGGAUUACCUACAUUCAGAGAAGAAUGUGGUUUAUAGAGAUUUAAAGUUGGAAAAUCUUAUGCUGGACAAAGAUGGACACAUAAAAAUAACAGACUUUGGGCUAUGCAAAGAAGGUAUCAAGGAUGGAGCAACGAUGAAGACUUUCUGUGGCACUCCGGAAUAUCUUGCACCAGAGGUGCUGGAAGAUAAUGACUAUGGUCGUGCAGUGGACUGGUGGGGAUUAGGAGUUGUAAUGUAUGAAAUGAUGUGUGGCCGGCUCCCUUUCUACAAUCAGGAUCACGAGAAGCUCUUUGAACUUAUCCUCAUGGAGGAGAUUAGGUUUCCACGCACUUUGUCACCUGAAGCUAAAUCUCUUCUGUCAGGUUUGCUAAAGAAGGAUCCUAAACAAAGGUUAGGUGGUGGCCCUGAUGAUGCAAAGGAGAUUAUGCAGCACAAAUUUUUUUCUGGCAUUGUUUGGCAAGACGUAUAUGAGAAAAAGCUUGUACCUCCAUUUAAACCACAAGUUACAUCUGAAACAGAUACAAGAUAUUUUGAUGAAGAAUUUACAGCACAGAUGAUUACAAUCACUCCACCUGACCAAGAUGACAGUAUGGAUUGUGUAGAUAAUGAGAGAAGACCUCAUUUUCCUCAGUUCUCCUAUUCAGCCAGUGGAACAACCUAAUGUUUUGCCUUUUUUCCCAUUCAGAAACAAAACAGACUACAUUUUGGGGACCUUAUUUCAAUGGACACUAGAAAACUGUCUAUAUUAUCUGAAUUACAAACUGUGUUUGUACUGCAAUUUCCAUGAAUUUGUAGGAAGUCUCACAGAUUCUGUAUUUAAAACAAUUCUCUGAUGCAGUUUUAAGAGAACAAAUCCAUUCUUAAAUGUUAAGUCAAGCUUUUAUGCUGGAUGACUAGGUUUUUAAGAAAAUGCACCAAAACGGUUUACAUUAGAAAUAAUUAAGAUACACAACAUAUCAGCAACACUGACCAUAAAAAUCCCUUUAAUUUAUUUCAUACAAUUCAUUAUCUAAAUAUAGAAUCUGCAUUUUGAACAAUUAGAUUUACUUAGGAAGCUAUAAAGACUUUAGAAGCUAGUGCAAUAAUAUAAGCAACAAAGUGAACAAAUUCUGGAGAGUUAAAGGUUCAAACUUGCUUUGGACAGCUAUGAAGUGUCAUCCUACUCCAGAAAAAUCAACUAUAGGAACAGCAUUAAUGGCCUCAGUGAGGUAAUUCAAUAAACAAGAGUUAUUUUGUUAUAACAUCUGCUACAAGACAUUACAUAUCAAAUUGAAUUCUGUGGAAUCUAGUCCAUUUCUACAUCGCACAGAUGAGUAUGCCAUUUAAGAUAGUGCAGUUAAUUAUUCCAUUUGUCUAGAGUUUAGAAGUAUUUAAUAGGAUUGGCUUCUCAAAACUUAGAAAACAGUCUGACCAAUCUAAUUUAAAAUGUGAUACUGCAGAAUUGCCCCCAUUUUGUACAGUGUAUAAAAAGCCACACACAAUUCUAAGGGAGAAAUCUCUCUUAAUGAAUGAAUCCACCGAUCAGAAGUAAAUUUCUGGCACUGAAGUUAUAACUUGUUGCCACUUUUAAAAAGAAAAGAUCUAUAAGCAGUUAAUUUUUGCAUCAUGACAGACAAUUUCCUCUUUCUUCAGUGUGCAUUAAAGGUAUCAGGCAACUCUCAGUGGUGCCUUCUAACUCUUAAAAGAAGCACUUUAACAGUGUUUCCCUUGUAUAGGAAAAAAAGAAACUAGGUUGAAUCGUUCUCUGUGUUUGAGUAAUAGGGUGUUAAAGUGAAUAUUUUUUGUUUUUAAUCUUAGUGAAAAAUAUUCUCCCACCCUUUUUUUUGUUGUUGUAUCAUGUUUCUUUGUAACUUUCGUAAAAACAGUCUUAUUCUGCCUCUAUUGCCCGAAUGACUUUAUUCCAUUGUAGGUUGCAUUCUUUUAGAUUGCUUUUGGUUUUCAUUCUAUUGGCUGUAUGAAAAUGAUGAAAUGUAUUGCAGUUAAUUAGCAUUUAUUUUUUUAAUUUGGAAGUGAGCAUGCCCUCACUUCCCCUUUCCAUGAUAAACUAUUGUGGUCCCGCACAGAGAGCCCAUCGCCGUGACUUUUUUUUUUUACACAACAUUCAACUCUAGUAUUUUUACUUAUGAUAUGAUAUGGAAGUUUCCCUCUAAAUACAUAAAUAAAAAUUGCUUAAAUGAGUUAGGUGCUUAUUUCUUUUGAUAGCUGUGUGGAGUCUGAGAAAUGUAACAGCUGUUCUCAAAUUUCUCUCCAUCCUUCCCAGAUCCAAACUCUUAACACACACACACCCCACUGAGAGUGGAAUUUGCCUUCCUUACACUCCGUCCUUUGCUUGCCUUUAGUACCAGGUGUUUACAGCAGUCGCUUGUUAAAGAAAUAAUUCAUUGUGCACUGGGAGAUCUUCUUUAGUGGUGAUGAAAAAGGAAGGGACCCACUAUGCCGUAUUUAGCCGUAUUUAGUUCCACUCAUCUCAGUGGGACUAAUCAUUAAAAGUCUGCAGGAUCAGGACACAUGAGCUCUUUGUGCAAGGAAGGACAGGACUAUAAUAAAGAUGUGACAUGUCGGAAUGUUGCUCACUCUUCAUUUCUUCCACUACUCACCUGAGUCAGGGCUACCAGACUCUUUGACUCCAGGGGCUCCUGUUAAAAAGGUGUUUCCUCUCCUUGAAAAUGCUGAUAAAACAUGCUGUGUUUUUUUAAAAACAAUCCAUUUGAAGUUAACCGUGGAUGCUGCAGCUGAGCAAUAUGCAACUUCGCACCCAAACCGAUCUGUUUGGUUUAAGUAAUAGGCUGUAAUUCCAGAAGAGUUUAUGGUCCCACCAAAGCUCAAGUUCUUACUGGGCAGCGUAAGUAUUUCUCGCUAGUCUUCUUCACCCAACCAAGCAAUAAUAAUUAAACCUUGAGGUGGGCUAGGAACCAUCAGCAUUUGUCUGUGUAAUCACAUGAAAUUUUGUGGGACAGAGUGGGGUCUGUUUCCUUGCAAAGAGAUGCCUUCAGUCUGAGCAAAACCACAUGCCCCAUCCAUCUGAAUAACAUACCUGAUAAUUUUGUUGCUCUUGAACCUGUCCCUAGGUUUGUGUUAAGAAAUGGAGCCAACCAGGACACCAAGACCAAAGAGGACUAACUUAGAUGAGCUAGCAAUCUUCAAAUCAGCAGGCCUGAUGAAAUACAUCCUAGAGUAUUCAAGAAGCUGACUGAAAAGAUAUCUGAACUAUUAGCAAUUCAAAAAAAAAUCAUGAAAGAGAUUCCAGAGGACUGGGAAUUACGAUCAAUUAACUUCAGUAUCCUAAAAGAUACUGGAGCAAAUAAUUAAGCAAUCAGUUUGCAGACACCUAGAAGAUAAUAAGGUGAUAAGUAACAACAUGGAUGAAUCAAGAAUCAGUUGUGUCAAACCAACCUACUAUCUUCCUUUGACAGAGUAACAAACCUUAUGGAUGGGGAGCCAAUAGAUGCGAUAUAUUUUGACUUUAGUAAGGCUUUUUGUCCUGUUUCACAUGAUCUUCUCAAACAAUCUAGGGAAAUACAAUCUAGAUGGAGCUUCUGUAUGGUGGUGCAUAACUAGUUGGAAAGGCAUUCCCAGAAAGUAAUUCAAAGACUCUGUCAAGCUGGAAGGGCAUAUCAGGUGGGCUCCUACAAGAAUUCGUUUUGGACCAGGUUAUGUUCAACAUUUUCAUUGAUUUUUUUAGAUGAUGGUAUAGAGAGUACAUUUGUAAAGGUUAUGGACAAUACAAGUACAAGGAUCUGGAGAAAUGGUCUGAGGUAAAUAGGAUGACAUUCAAUAAGAACAAAUGCAAAGUCCUCUGUUUAGAAAGGAACAAAUCAGUUGCACACAAAUAAAAUGGGAAAUGACUAUUUAGGAAGGAGUACUGCAGAAAGGCAUCUAGGCGUCAUAGUGGAUCAUAAGCUCAAUAUAAGUCAACAGUAUAACAUGGUUCCAAAAAAAGCAAACAUCAUUCUGGCAUAUAUUAGCAAGAGUGUUGUAUGCAU